AUGUCAUGGUCCCCAAGCUUGCUCCAGCAACCUCGAUGGCUCGGGGCUCGUCUUCCUCUCUUAUCCACAAGAUGGUCUUCCUCCAGGAGAUGGCAAGCUCGUCAAACGAAGGACCAUUUCACCAAGGAAGCAGCAGCUCAGGGCUUAAAAAGCCGAGCCGCCUUCAAGCUCUUACAGAUUGAUGAAAAGUAUCGUGUCUUCAAAAGCGGGCAAACCGUCGUCGAUUUGGGAUAUGCCCCUGGCUCCUGGUCUCAGAUGGCUGUCAUUCGUACGAAGCCAAACGGCCGCGUCCUGGGGGUCGACAUCAGCCCCGCCCAGCCCCUGCACGGCGUGUCUGCAAUACAGGGCAACUUCCUAGACCCUAAAGUCCAGGAUCACGUCCAAUGGCUUCUUAGGGGUCUGGAUAGAGACAAGUCCUCUGCAAUUAACAGCCGUGAUACACGCCAAGAUGACAGAGAAAGGACGGUAGACGUUGUACUAAGUGAUAUGAUGAUGAAUACGAGUGGCAUCAACUCAAAAGAUCACACCGGAAGUAUGGACCUCUGCCGUGCUGCAUUGCUAUUCAGCUCCAACGUUUUAAAAAUAGGUGGUCACUUCAUCUGUAAAUUCUAUCAAGGUGCUGAGGAUCGUGACUUGGAAACCCAACUUAAAGGGCUGUUUGAGAAGGUACACAGAGUCAAGCCACCGUCGUCGCGCAACGUACGUAUGAGAUGA